AUGUCUGAUAUAUCACCCUUCUUGCGAUCCAUUUUCACAGAUGUCACUGGACCAAUGUACAGUUACCAGAUGUUUGGUCGCUGUGCCAAGCAAGAGGCUAACAUGAUGGAUUGUAUGGAAGCAUACGGUUACGGUCGUGGUGUUAGGAAAUGCAAAGACCUGAUCGAUGAAAUGUACGAGUGUCACACUCUUAAAAAGCAAUAUGCAAGAUUUGCGGCAAUGCGUAAAGAGCGCAAUCGACAAAUUGCUUGUGGACAAUUGAAGGGCGACAAGCAGUACGUGACGCCAAGGAUUGAUAGCUAUUGA